UCUUCAGAUCUGUUGUCACUGCUUGUCAUCAAAGCUACUCUCUUACUUAAAGAAGUUCCCGAAUGGAGGGGUGGGAUUUUGGUGUUUAGGAAGAAGCCCAUGCUGAAUGAGAGAGAUGCAGCAUGUUGUACAUGGCACUUCAUCCUUCUCUGGAUUUCGAUGGAAUGCUCUGACUGAUUUAUUGUGAUAUGUGUCAUGUUGUGACCAAAAACACGGUAGAAGUGCAUAGUCAUCUAUAUGUGUCUCUCCCAUCUCUUAUUCUGUAAAAAGAAGAAAGAGACUUGAGGCAUGAGCCGUUGUAUUUAGCUCUGCAGUUUUAAUUUACAGAAUGUGAAACUUGAGUUAUUAAUUCUAGGCCUCAAAGGGAAAGCCCUUGAAACAUUUGAUCACAUAUGUUCUCUGAGAGUGAAGCUGGACCGGGUGUCCAGGCUCAGAACUCUUGCAUAUUGGUUUUGGAGAGUAUUAUCUGCCUUUAGAAUGCUGAGCGAUUAGAUAAAUGAGACCAUUCCCAACCAACAGGUUUUGUAAUCAUUUCCAUAAGAAGUACUUCAUAGAAAGAUCAAUGUAGGGUUUUGCUUGUUAGACUCUGGGUGUGGCAUUUAUAUAUGUAUGGCAAUAAGUCAGUCGUGUCUUUUGAUUCAGCAAUUCUUGUUGCCCAGGCGAAUUGUUUGGGGAAAUCCUGCUUCCUCACUGAUAUAUGGCCUCUCACUUUGCCUUUGCCAUAGGUUUUGAUGACAUGGAUAGUGUAUAUGCAUCUCCGGACAAUUUUAAGAGCUUGAAACAGAGGGACAAGACGAGAGGAAUUCAUCUACUGGAGUGCUUUGUCAACAGAUGUCAUGAAAUCGGGGUACAAUGUGAAGCAUGGAUCAAGAAAGGAGAUCCAAAAGAGGUCAUCUGUCAUGAGGUGAAGCGAGUUAGGCCUGAUUUACUUGUUGUGGGAAGCAAGGAACUUGGCCCUUUCCAAAGGGUAUUUGUCGGCACCGUCAGUGAAUUUUGCGUGAAGCAUGCUGAGUGCCCUGUCAUAACCAUCAAAAGGCCCGCAGAUGAAGCUCCUCAGGACCCUAUCGACGACUGAUUGAUUUCCAUUUCAUGGAUGACCAAUUUUAUCAUGUUAAUAGAUUGGUCGUUGAUUCUCGACUAGAGACUUUGGGCCAUGAAUCGAGGAUGUAUCUGAGUUUGCAAAUUAUGUGUCGUUCGUGUAUGGCUGUUGGCACUUGAAUCCUAAACUUCAUUUUC